AUGGCUCUGCACGGUUUUAUUGGGACUCAAAUAGAACUCAAGUCACCUGCUGAUAAGUUCUACAAAAUCUUCAAGGGCCAAGCCCACCUCAUCCCAAAUGUUUCUUCUGGCCAUAUCAAAGGCGUUCAGGUGCAUGAAGGAGAUUGGGAAACGCACGGCUCUGUUAAGAUCUGGAAUUAUCAUCUAGGCGACGAAGUUGGGACAUUCAAGGAAAAGGUCGAGUACGACGACGAGAACAAGGCGGCAACUCUGACUGGAUUGGACGGAGAAAUGUUCAAGUAUUAUAAGAGCUUUAAGGGCAUCUAUCAGUUCGCUCAAAAGGGUAAUGUUAGCGUUGCUAACCUGACGAUUCACUAUGAGAAAAGGAAUGCUGAUGUUGAAGCUCCAGAUAGAUUUGUUGGUCUCAUGGUUACCCUCGUCAGGGAUCUUGAUGCUCACUUUGCCAAGGCAUAA